AUGGUAGGCAGUACCUAUGAUGUCGUGAUACUGAGCUCGAGUCCGCCGGCGAUUUCCCCGCAGCGCAAUGCCCCCUCCCGUCGCGUCGCAGUACCCGCAUCCUCACCCCUGGUACUCUCUCGUCCUGCAAGUCCACUGAGAUCAACAACCGGCGCGUCGACCACCAACCCUAAGGCUGUCCCUAUCCCUGAGGGUGCACUCAGGGGAUUUGCCACCGUUGGCAACUUGGUACGAUCCGAACACUUUACAAGCCGGCUAGACGAUGACUUUACGGCGAUACAACAAGCGCGAUUGCAGAAGGAUACAGUAGAUGUUGUAGAGAACACCGAAAAGCCUCGAAAGCGGUCUAAGAAGAAGUCCAUUGCUGCUACAAAUGAAUCUGAGAAGCCCAAACCUAAGUCUCGAGCGCGCAAGCAGAACCCCAAGUCAGAAAAGGAGAUUCUCGACUCAGACGAUGAGCUACGACGUCCACAGCGACUUGCAAAGUCGCCUUUCUUUAACGACGAACCUUCCGAGUCCGCCACUAGAGCCCCAAGUGAGACUACGGAUGCGCCGAAGCUCACCAAGUCGGGGAAGCCACGCAAGCCGCGUGCUAAGAAACAAAAGGCUGAAGAAGAGGCCGUGGAGCCUGUUGCGAAACCAAAGAGAAUGAGAGUCACAAAACCUAAGAAGACGGCCGUGAAGAGUGGCAACGAACAACCCGAUGAUGUAUCCGUCGUCUCUGCGCAUUUCCAAACGGAGGUGGACAAAGAUGACGGCUCGAUAUCAAUAUCAGCUCAGAAGUCAGUAGAGACAAAAGACAGAUCAGGUGGUCAUCCUACAUCUAUAUGGGAUGUGCCAGAUAGUCCACGGCCUAAGAAGGUCACUUCACUCAAACAGCGACCACCAACUUCUGUUGCAGAGCCACUAGAGCUGGAACAAGCUCUAGUACGAAGACAAGAUUGGACGCCUCCUCGCGACACGACCACAACAUCACCAAAUGCAGACUCAACAGGAAAGGAGAAUAUAUCGCUAGCACAGAAUGCCGAGGACAAAUUUACAAACCUGCUCUCUAACUUUGCCUACGCACAAUCACCCUCGGCUCAAACAACUACAAAAGCGGGCUGUUUGGUUGAAGAGGUGAUGGCCACUACGAAAAGAAGACGUAUCGAGUUAGUAGAGAUACCCGGCAACCAGACUAACUCCCGCGAUUCGUCACCUGAGAAAGGCAAAGCUCCCAAGAAAAAGCCGCGCACCAUCACAGACCUUGUGACAGGACAGUACGGUCAGAUAGAUGAAGAGUCUGACCCGAACAAUGCAUUGGAAAAUUUCUUUGAGCCUCGAACAUCAACGACCGCGGUGCCAUUGAAUGAUAUGGCUACAUCGGGUACCAAUUCACCCCAGAAGAAAUUACCACGUAAGCGUAAUAGCCCAAAAGCGCCAGCUGAGAAAGGCGAACCAAAGGCGAAAUCGAAACCUAAAAGAGUAUCGGCCAAAUCUGCUGCUAAGCCCAAGCUUGUCGCCGAGAAGCUGCUCAGUCCUGCUGCGGCAAUGUUACGACUUGAUCAACAGGAUGUGCUUUUUGGGACAUCAAGUCAACUGGCAUUGGAAGAAUCCCCAACAAUGAUCCGCCAAAUCCAGUUCGCGAUCAAGGAGUCAGAACAAGAUGCAGAAAGGGCCGAUAAUUGUUCCUUUGUCGCGCCUUCGGCAUGGUCCAGACUCACCAAGGGCAAGGGCCAGAAAGCCUUAUGGGCUGCAAGCGCGCGGGAUGAUGACGGUGGCAUGUUAGAGCACAUGCAAGAUGUGUAUAUUCCCGAGCCUGACCGAACGCAAGAAAUCCCACUGCUAAUGGAUGUCACUCACAACAAGUCCGAUGGUACCCGGAACGACCCUGUCGGCCCAUCGUCAUUCAUUGAUAUCGAUGACAUACCCCAUAACCCUCCUCCACCUAUUACCAUCUCGUCUGAUAUGCCAACACCUCCUCCCCACCUCUCGAAUCCAUCUCGACUGCAGGAUUCGAGAACAGAGGACUUUAAUACAAACGAAUUGGAUUUCAAAGAUAUCGAUACAUUCGAAUCAGAACCACCACCCUCGAACCAGAACGCAGAAUCUCGACAUACUUUUGUUGAUAUUGACGAGUUUGACUUACCACCUUCGGCGCAGCUGCAGUAUAGUCCCGCGACGAAGUCGAGGCCGCCUGCAUCUACGUCGAGAACAGGUGAUGGAUCGCCCAAGAAACGUGGUAGACCGUCAAAGUCGCAGUCUACUGUUUCUAAAGUCUCUACGUCUUCGACUCCGCUAUUGAAGCCAUUGUCUUCAAAACGUAGGGCGAAGUCGAAGGAGAAGAACGCAGUGCCAUCCACUCCGCCCAGUGAACCAAGUCGGUUCAUUGAUAUCGAUGAGAUUCUUGAUUCGGAAGACGAAGCCCUUGAAGCAUUGUCUCCCACUCCACCGCGGGUCUACAAACACAUCGAUGCAGAGCCUUUACCACUGAUAUCUCUCUCACCUACCACAUCGCCCAGCAAAACCACCGCGGGUGCCGGUAUCAAAGCUAAACAGGGCCCAUUAUCUGACGCAAGCCUAACACCGGUACACUGCAUAUCGACCAAGCUGCUAGAGUGGGUCCAUAUCAAACCCGAUGUCUUUGCACAAAUCACAGCGCAUAUCCGCUCCCUACCGCCUACCAAAGAUCCUAUGAAACCCACGUGGCAUGAGAAGAUUCUCAUGUACGACCCCAUUGUCCUCGAGGAUUUUACGAGCUAUCUCAACGAACGUACCAGCAUCCGUGUGUUUAAGAAGGCCACACAAAAGCAAGUCAAGGCAUGGAACCAGCAGCGAAAAGUCAAUGGCGAACCCAUUCCGGUAGCUGAAAAAGGUGGCGAAGAAGAAGUACUGGCUGUAACAAAGGAGCUGGAGGCGCAGAUGGUCCAAAGUUGGUGUGAAAGUCUAAGCAUAUGCUGCGUAUGGGGUGAAGGACGGGGAAAGAGCGGAGCGCGAAAGGGACUCUACUAG